UCUAAACCCGACCCUCUCCUUUCACCUUCACGGCCGCGGAGCCCCGACUCUGUCAGGCGGGCGAUGCAUCACAAGUUUUCACAGCAGGCACCGCUGCCCUUGUCCACGCAAUCGCGCAGUAAAUCAAAACAACGACCCUGUUGCGAAACCGUCCCCGGCCGUUAUAUUUACUGGGACCGCACGAGGUAAUUGUGGGGGCGGGUGGGCGAGGAGUGGCCUCGCUUAACGAGAGCAGCAGACGACAGCCCGCCGUCCCCUGCGAGCGCGCCCGCCCGCCCGCUCGCCCGCCCUCCGCGGCCCUCUCGCCGUAACCCGAUCGCGGCACGUCCAAUUACUCCGAUGUGUGCGGGGCGACGCGCGACGAGGUGGCCUGGGCUGUGAGCGCAGCGCUUCCACGCCACCGCCGUCCCCAGCGGGCGUCCGCGCACGGCCCACUGGCGUGGCUGCCGUGUCGGUUCUCGUGCGGGCGCGCGCGUUUGAGCGUGCCUGCGUGUGUGUGCGUGUGCGUUUGCAAUGGUCAGCCUCAACAGUCCAAAGCAAAGGUCAUCGUUUGUGAGAGGAGCGACUAGCAGCGCUCGUUUGCACGGGGGAUGCGGUGCCACUUGCCCGGAAGAUGGCUGCGAGAACCGGCUGUCAUCCUGCCCGCAAGAGCAUCGGGGGAGAGCUGAGCUGGAGACAAGAAAAGAGGAGGGGAGAGGACAGGAGGAGAAAAGAGGGUAAGAGCGGGCCCUCCGGCAAGGUGCUCACGAUGGAGAAUAGAAUCAACUGGAGAGGUUCCCUCCGCUCCCUCCGUUCCCUCCGCCACCAUCGCCAGGCUACAAGGUCGCCUCCUGCGUUUGCCACCACCGCGCCUCUACGCUCGGCCGCCCACCGCGUCUCUCUCUGCUCUCCGGUCGCCCUGCACCACAUCUCACGGCGGAACUCGCAGCAGCAGCAGCAGCAGCCUCACGACUCAAACCCUACUCUUCCUCCUCGUCGCUACACCGAGGCGCAGGAGAUCAUGGUCACUGCCGGGCGUCGUUUCCCCGUGGCAGCUCCCGCCGUCUGGAACGCGGCCAUCGUCAUCGGCAUCAUCGUCGUCAUCAUCGUCGUCAUUGUCGUCAUCGGCGUCAUCGUUAUCAUCAUCACCGUCAUUGUCGUCAUCGGCGUCGUCAUCGGCGUCACCGUCCCACUGCUGCUGUGCAUUUGCAGCAGCGUUCAGUCUGCACUUAUUUUAAAGCCACACUUAAAGGCCCCACCCCUUUUUUAAAAGCCCCAUCCUCUUUUUUUAAAAGUACCACCUCCUUAAGGCCUCACCUCUUUCCCCUGGCUUUCGAACCACGCUGAGCUUGGGCUCCGCGUCCCAGACACACGGUCAUUAAUGUCUGUUAAAUAUAGUGCCGCCUGUUCUAAAUUGCAUUCUUUAUGUGACCGGGGUGUGGGGGGGGGGAUGAGACCAUGAGACCAUGAUCUUCACGGAGUCUUGAUCGCCAGCGGUCCCAGAGACAGACCCUCCAAGUCUCUCAGGAUUUAUCUCACAAGGCAGAUGGAGGCAGGGCGCCGCGCGUGCUGUGCGCGCGGCGUCUUGAAGCUGUCUGGCCUCUUCCUUUACCGCUGCUUGAACAUCUGCAGCGCAUUUUGACAAGAUCCAGCUCAGAUGCUCUUGCCCCAGUGUCUGCGCAAUCAUUUUUUCCCCCCUUCGUGGUCUUGAUCAUCUGCGACUUUUUCGAUAACGGUGCGCGCGCGUGUCCACGUGUGUGUGCACGUGUGUGUGCGUGUGUGUGCACGUGUGGUCUUGAAGAAAUCUGUACGAUAGAAUUCCGAUUCUGUGUUAUUGAUUUAAAGAUAAUUUAAAUUAAUGUAUUUAAGUUUGCGCGCUAACCUUUGGCGCAGGAGACGGAAACAUGAACACGACCAAAUCGGCUCGCAAUCGGAAAGACGCGAAGUUCAAAUCCCAGCUGGGAGUUGACUCGGCCCAUCAUGCCAUCUCGGUCGAUAAAGUGAUUACCACGUUGGGGGGGAAAUCAACAGCGGUUGUUCUAUGGAUAGGCUCGCCUCCGCUCUAGGAAUAUGCAAUUUCAACCGCUGGCUCAGGGGCUGUGAAGGGAGAUGGGCACUGAUACAUCAGCGCUCACUUGAGCAGGAAAUCACUCUGACUUGUUUUGUAUCCAUCCCACGUGUGUGUGUGUGUGGUGCAUGUGGGGAGCGGUGCUGGAGUGGUUUUCCUUCUGCGCCACAAUACCGGUUGCCUGAGUUCGACUCCCAGCCAAAGAUAACGUCAGGAGCAAGUGCUGACUCAUAACCUGUUAUGGGCAUCCUCCAAGUCAACUCAGCCUUAAAAUAUUAAUACCCAGUGCCGUGCGACAACGGAGUCAGAGGAAAUAUGGAACGUCUUGAGCCUGGACUUGAACAGGGGCUGGGAGUCGACAGCACGGUCGGCUGGGGGGCGGGGGUUGAGAGUUCCAGACAUUGGGGGCAUCGGAGGAGAACCCCCCCCCCCCCAACAAAAUCGAGGCUCCCUUAAUGGACUGGCCUGCCAGCUUGCUUACUUCCCUUUUCCAGUGGGGUAACCACAUUGAGCUGUGUGCCGCUGAUUUAAAAGCGUGCGUGCGCCGUGCCCUUAUCUCCCAGACAGGUGGAGUUUAUCGCCUGUAAAUGAACUGCAGAGCCACAGGAAGGUUGUCCGAGAGGCGCCGCUGCUGCGGUGGCGGUAACGAGCGAAAUGGAAUGCAGUGGCCGGGGGGGGGGGUCCUCCACCCCCCACGGGGUUUUUUUUUUAUUCCCUCCAGGAUCAUCGUCGUCUUGUUGACGAGGCAGAGCCGCUGUCCUGGGGAAAGCCUCGCGUCUUCCCCGGGGGGGGGGGGGGGGGAUGUUAAAUGUCCGAGUUUGUGCAUUCACCUUUAUGUAGUUUCUCCCCUCUCCUCGUAUUGUGGCAGACCUAGAAACUAAAACUUAAAUGUUUUAUUUUACCAGGUAAGGCCCACUAAGCUAUGUAGCUCUUUUUCAGGAGCGACCUGGCCAUCACAAAUGAUAGCCCAACCGAGUGGCUUCUCAUCAUGUGGAAAUUUACAGCGUCCCAAAGACUUCGAAACGCGCGACGUUCGAUUCUGAAAGUAGGGGCCGACUCGGUGCUGGGAGACGCAGCGAUUGGCAGAGCGAUGGACCCCGGCGGAGAGCACCGAUCCUGGCACGGGGAGCUCUCCCACCUGCGGUGGUGGCGGUGGUGCCCGGCCUCAAGAAGGCGAAGCAAGUAACAGCAUGGGCUCCCAGCUUCAUACACUAACAUGAGGGUGAGCCAUUUAUCAACUCGAGCUCGCAGCCUUUUACAUUCAUAUAAAAAAGCAUAAUUCUAAUUGCGGCGAUGACGUCAUUGUAAUUGGUGCAUCCGCUUAUUGUUUCACGCAACUGUGAUGUGAUGUGGCGUGUCCGGCGUGUAACGUGCGUGGCCACACGCAGGAAUGACUUCUGCUCCGGGCCCCCUCGCUGAGCUCGCGGCCGCUCUGCCACCGCCGCGUGCCAAGCCCGGUGACGAGCCACGGCAGUGAUUAUUGUUAAUGCUGUCAUAGAGCUCAUUAAUGUUACGAUAUGUGUAUGUAAUUAUGCACUGUUGUGGGCCAUUACGGGUAGUUAGAUAAACAACCGCACACUUCUGUUGUACACUAAUAGCUCGUGGGUUGUUGUGCGUGGAUGUUAACCGGCGGCGUCCGAUUCAGCAGGCGAAACCUGGAGCCGCUUCACCCUGCUGGGUCUCAUCAGCUGAGUAAAACUUGAUAGGCAAAUCUACGCCUGGGUUGCCAGAUAUGAUUGGCAGUAGUCCUUCAGAUAUUGCUGUUUGCAGAUCAAUCAGACCCUAGGACUCUUUAUCCAAGAGCCAUGCAAAGUCAAUAACAGAAGCGCUUCUAUGUGUGAUCGUGAUAUGAGAUUUAUUAACGGUUGUCCGGUUCGGUGGUGAUGUGCCAAGACUGACUCAGUGUUAAGGCCAUAAGUUCAAAUCCCCGCGAGGGCUCGAUCAAUCUAAUCAUCCCUCUGGGCCAGUGCCAUGGGCACCAAUUGGCAGAACGUCAUCAGCGGUUGUCCUGUGGAGAGACUGAAGCUUGCCGUAGGAAGGUGGAAUUUCCAUCACCGAAUGAGGGCCAUCAGUGGAAACGAGUAUUGCCCAACAGUCACGUGGCUCUGACUCGACAGAGUUAUCCUUGUGCCUAACACAUUCGUGUGAUUUUUAUUUUUAUUUUUAAAUGAUUAUCCUCCGUUUUGUAGAUUAGAAUCAUGGCACGUGUCAUGAGUUUUCCGCACGGUGACAUCGCAACAUCCAAGCAGCUCCGGGCAAGGAGAGAUCCGAGCGACGCCCCUCCGGCUGGAGCGACGUCGCCUCCGUACAUCUCCUUGGCGACAUCUCUCCUUGGACAGAAGGGUCGAGACAUUCGGUGUGAAUCACGAUCGCUGCAACGAACGUGUUCGGCUGGGUGCGUCACACCGCGCGGUGCAAUCGUCCCAUGCUGUAACUCCGUAAUAUUUAAACAAGUGUUUAAUAUUAAUUGCGAAAGAGGGAGAAAUUGUUUACUCGGGCCGUGUGAAAUCAAUGAUGCCUCGGUUUGUACCCACAAGCCAGAGACGACGUGAUAAAUAUCAUAUUGGCUUUCCUAAUGACCUGCCAUUCCUCAUAACGCAUGCCUAAUUAUGAGUUAUUGGCUUAUAAACACAGUCAUAUUUAAUGCAAAACCACACAAUUAAGAUAUCCCGUGUCAUUAAACCGUUAAAAACAUGAAGAAAAUCAUUAAAAUAACUAUUUAAACGCUUGAGAUGCUGCAAUUCA